AUGGUGGAGGAAGAGCCCAUGGAGGAGGAUUCCCUGCUGACCAAUGAUCCAGAUGACGCUGAAAUGGUGGACGGAAUGGAUGAAGAGCAAGAGGAAUUCGGUACAGACAAGACUAAAAGGAGCAAAAAAGGCAGUCGAGGACGCAAAUCCAAAGGAAGUAGAAGAAGAUCAGAACAUCCCGACCCUGCAACCGCAUCCUCCGCAGAUAUGUGCGCAGCUCUCGAUAUUCAAGAUGUCACAGUUGAAUAUACAGAGGAGGACUACUCUUCUAUCACCAGCUUGAAGAGUUUUAUUCACCGAGUGCGACCGGCAAUUCUAGAGGCGAAUCCCAAGUGUAACGCAACAAAGGUUUACCCUCUAAUUCAAGUGAAAUAUCGUGAGUUCCAAGAAGAGCUUGCAGCUCAGGGACGCUCACAGGCAGUGAAGAAGGCAUCAAAGCAGCCAAAAUCAGUACCUGUCGAACAAGAUAAGCUUGUAGCUCCAAUCAAGAUACGUAUAUCUGCUCGCAAAAAGCGGAGGAAUGACUCAGACGACGAAGGCGGUGACAGUGACCAGGAAUUUGAGUCUCUACUGAAGCAGCAUGAACAUCAACUUGAUGAGGAAGAUAAGGAGAAAGAGGAGAAAAAAGCGAGCCGGGCGCAGCAACGCGCUGAUAGAAAGAAACAAGCUUUAGAGAAGGCGCAAGCUUCUAGAAAGGCUAAACGUGCCAGGGGCGAGGAGGAAGAGAUGGAACAUCAAGAUUACUGUGAGGUAUGUCGACAAGGUGGUGAGAUUAUCCUCUGUGACACCUGUCCUAGAGCCUAUCAUACUGUGUGCGUGGAUUCUGAAAUGGAACAAGCUCCUGAGGGUGAGUGGAGCUGUCCACACUGCGAAGAGCACGGGCCACCGCUCCCACCAAAAGAAGAAGAGCCAGUGAAAGUCAAUAUGGAGUACUGUCGAGUAUGCAAGGGUACAGGAUCACUUUUGUGCUGCGAUAAUUGCCCCAGCUCGUUUCACGCCUACUGCGUCAAUCCGCCUCUUGAAGAGGUACCAGAAGACGAGUGGCUCUGCCCGAGAUGCACUAUACCAGAGCCAAAACAGCGGCCUGAGAAAAUUCUGUGCUGGAGGUGGAUAGAAAUUCCAUAUCCCGACCCUAUUGAGGCGAGUCCCGAUGCAGAACCAGAUAAGGACGCUAUUCUUCUCCGUCCGCCACGCAAGAUGGAACCCCGCAGAGAAAGGGAGUUUUUCAUCAAGUGGAGAUAUAUGUCCUAUUGGCACUGUGAAUGGGUUAGCGAGACACUUAUGGACGUAUAUUUUACUGCGCUACUACGAAUGUACUGGCGAAAGUAUGACAGCGAAAAUCCACCCAUCUUCGACGAAUCAACGGCACAACGGCAUCAUAAGGACAAUGAUCCUUACGAACUUCGUGAAAAGUUCUACCAAUACGGCAUUAAACCGGAAUGGAUGCAGGUGCACCGCAUUAUAAAUCACAUGCAGUACGGAAAAACUCAAUUUGAUUAUCUCGUGAAGUGGAAGGAGCUCGCAUACGAACAAGCUACUUGGGAAAGAGACGAUAUGGAUAUUGCUUACUAUGAGGAUGCCAUAAAUAAGUAUUGGAUACAUAGAGAGAAAAUGCUUGGCGAGCCAAUUCCCAAACAUAUAGCCAAGAAGAUUGCUGCUCAAAGAGAGAAAAAAGGGCUACCUCCUCUUGAAAGUGUUGACGAACAGUUGAGUAAGAAGAAGAAACGGGACAAGCCUCUCACUGACAUCCGGAAGAAAUAUGAAGCGCAGCCUGAUUACAUCACAGAAACUGGUGGAACUCUCCAUCCUUACCAGCUUGAGGGCAUUAAUUGGCUACGGCAUUGCUGGUCAAAUGGAACUGACGCUAUCCUCGCUGAUGAAAUGGGUUUGGGAAAAACUGUUCAGUCUCUCACCUUCUUGUAUUCACUUCUGAAGGAAGGUCAUUCAAAGGGGCCGUUCAUCAUUGCUGCACCCCUUUCGACGAUCAUUAAUUGGGAGCGUGAAGCGGAGCAGUGGUGUCCAGACUUCUACGUCGUCACUUAUGUGGGCGAUCGCGACUCGAGAAUGGUCAUUCGAGAGCACGAAUUUUCGUUCGUUGAAGGGGCUGUAAAGGGAGGUCCUAAAGCUUCAAGGAUGCGUUCGCAGGAGAACAUGAAGUUCCAUGUUCUUCUUACUUCAUAUGAGUGUAUCAAUAUGGAUAAGGCGAUUCUGUCUUCCAUUGAAUGGGAAGCAUUGGUGGUUGAUGAAGCUCAUCGUUUGAAAAAUAAUCAAUCUACAUUCUUCAAAAACCUUCGUGAGUAUAACAUUAACUACCGUUUACUCUUAACUGGUACACCACUGCAAAAUAACCUCGAGGAGCUCUUCCAUUUACUCAACUUUCUUGCUCCGGACCGUUUCUUCGACUUGGAGUCAUUCACUCUGGAAUUUGCCGAAAUUUCCAAGGAGGAUCAGAUUCAGAAGUUACAUUCACUGUUGGGACCGCACAUGUUACGUCGUUUGAAAGCAGACGUACUCACAGGAAUGCCAUCUAAGAGUGAACUGAUUGUUCGAGUUGAGCUCAGUUCAUUGCAAAAGAAGUACUAUAAGAACAUUCUUACUCGUAACUUUGACGCUUUGAAUGUCAAGAAUGGUGGAUCGCAGAUGUCAUUGAUCAACAUAAUCAUGGAGUUGAAGAAGUGUUGCAAUCAUCCUUACCUCUUCGCAAAGGCCAGCAUGGAAGCGCCAAAGCUCAAAAAUGGGAUGUACGAAGGGACACAGCUGAUAAAAAAUGCUGGCAAGUUUGUUCUGCUGCAGAAAAUGAUGCGAAAGUUGAGAGAAGGUGGUCAUCGUGUUCUGAUAUUCUCCCAAAUGACUAUGAUGUUGGAUAUCCUGGAGGAUUUCUGUGAAGUGGAAGGCUACAAAUAUGAACGAAUUGAUGGAUCUAUUACUGGUCAAGCAAGGCAGGAUGCUAUAGAUAGAUUCAAUGCUCCUGGUGCACAACAGUUCGUGUUCCUUCUUUCUACUCGAGCUGGUGGUCUCGGUAUCAAUCUUGCAACGGCUGAUACUGUAAUUAUUUACGAUUCGGAUUGGAACCCUCAUAACGACAUUCAGGCAUUUUCUCGUGCUCAUCGAAUUGGACAGCAAAAUAAAGUCAUGAUUUACCGUUUUGUAACGAGAAAUUCUGUGGAGGAACGAAUCACAUCCGUUGCAAAGAAGAAGAUGCUGCUCACUCACCUGGUUGUCAGAGCAGGUCUCGGCCAAAAAGGCCCGAGUAUGAGUAAAACAGAGCUCGAUGACGUGCUAAGGUGGGGCACAGAAGAGUUGUUCAAGGAUGAUGAGCCACAGCCAGGAGAAACAACUGAAGGGGAACCUGGAAAGAAAGCUAACGAGAAUGAAAUCGUGUGGGAUGAUUCCGCUGUUGAUGCUCUUUUAGACAGGGAUAGAGACACCGAACCGAAGGACAAGGAUGGGGAGAAGAAAGAACACUGGACCAACGAGUACCUCAGUUCGUUUAAAGUUGCAACGUACACCACAAGGGAGACUGAUGACAAAGAGGAAGAGGAAGAGGAAGAAAUGGAGGUUAUCAAGGAAAACGAUAAGGAGCCUGAUCCGGACUAUUGGGAGAAGCUUCUUCGGCAUCACUAUGAACAAGAUCAGGAAAUGGAAGCACAGAAACUCGGUAAAGGCAAAAGGCUACGCAAGCAGGUCAACUAUGCAAGUGAGAACAUGGGUCAAGACUGGCAGAAUCGCGGUGGAGAGCAGCAAAACAACGAUGAUGAUGAUCUCUCUUCAUAUGACGGUGGAUCGGAGAAAGCCUCUGGUGAACACUCUGAUGACGAUUUUGAAGGUAUCGGAGGAGAGAAGAAGAAAAAACGAGAAAGAGAUGCUGAAAAACUCCCACCACUCCUUGCAAAGGUCAACGGCCAAUUGGAGGUGCUUGGCUUCAAUCCCAGGCAGCGUCGAGCUUUCUAUAAUGCAGUGAUGCGCUGGGGGAUGCCUCCGCAGGAUGCCUAUCAGUCGCAGUGGCUUACACGUGAUUUAAAAGGAAAAUCCGAGAGAGCUUUCAAAACAUACACGUCUUUAUUCAUGCGACACUUGUGUGAGCCUGGCGCGGAUAGUCAAGAAACAUUCAAUGAUGGCGUUCCUAGAGAGGGACUCAAUAGACAGCAUGUGCUCACGCGCAUUGGAAUAAUGAGUCUCAUUCGGAAGAAGGUUCAGGAGUUUGAACAAGUUAAUGGUGAGUGGUCAAUGCCAGAAGUACGUGCAAAGGUUUUGGAAGCAGCUGGAGCUAGUGCAGUAAAGACCACUUCAUCAUCCAAGGCAAGCAGUCGUGAACAAAGUGUUGCUCCCGAAGAUCGAAAAGAGGACAGCAGUGAUGUUCCUGCUGAGGCACCGGAACCGGUCAAGGCGGAAGCCGAAGAUGCAGCAUCAACUGCACCAGAUUCGAAAGAAGAUUCCAAUGCAACUACUGCUGUUGAAGAAGAAAGCGAUGGAUUAACGAAAAAGAGUGGCCGCCCUCCAUUCAAGUUCAACAUGGCUGACGGUGGAUUCACUGAGUUACAUACGUUGUGGGUUAAUGAGGAAAAGGCCGCUGUUCCUGGUAACGAGUACGAGAUUUGGCAUCGCAGACAUGAUUACUGGCUCUUGGCUGGAAUAGUGCAGUAUGGUUAUGGGCGAUACCAGGACAUCCAAAUGGAUCCCCGUUUUGCUAUAAUCAAUGAACCGUUCCGACAGGAACAAGGAAAAGGAAACUUCCUUGAGAUCAAAAACAAGUUCCUGCAAAGACGUUACAAGUUACUAGAGCAAGCACUAGUGAUUGAGGAGCAGCUCCGCCGUGCUGCGUACAUGAACCUACAGAACAGUACAACUGAUGGAACUGCGCAGUUAGCUCAGCGAUUUGCUGAUAUAGAAAAUGUGGCUGAUUCGCAUGCGAAUGUGGCGAAGGAUUCGGCAGCUGGUAAUCGAAAUGCGAAUGCUGUUCUUCAUAAGGUGUUAAAUCAGCUAGAGGAAUUGCUGUCGGACAUGAAAGCAGAUGUUUCUCGUCUACCUGCUACUCUGUCACAGCUGCGGCCUGUGACACACAGAUUGGCCAUGACCGAAAGACAAAUUUUGUCACGUCUCACAUCAAAAGAUCCUGACGCUGUCGCUGGUCGAUCUCCUCUACCACCGCCUGGACCUUUUGUGACCCCAACUCUGGGUCAGCAGUUAUCUGGUAUUCAACCGAAGUUCGCAGCACUUCAUCAGCCAGGAAAGAUGUCGAGCAUGUUUGCGGACGUUUCCGACCCUCCAUCUUCCUCCGAUGCCCCACCACCUGAGAAAAAGCCUGCUACUGAAGAAAACGUUUCGUGCAAAUCGGCUAUUGAAGAAGAAACUCCCAUGGAUCUCUCCGCACCACCACAACCGCCAGCUGUAGAUAAGCCUGCGGAGAAAACGGAGAGCGCACAAGAAGUCUCUACUGCAUAA